AUUUUUUCUGUAAUUAUGUCUACAAUUGUAUGGAGAAGUAUAGUGAAACCGGAAGAAAAUAAUUCAUUUUCUGAUUCAGCUAUUGGCAAAUAAAGAAUCUAUCAAUAAAAGUGCCACUGUUAAUACCAUUAGGAUGAACAUACAAAGCUAAGAAAAAUCAUGAACAGUUCACUUUUAAGAUUAAAGAAGCAGGAAAUGAAACCAGAGGAAAAGCCGAUAUUGAGAAUGAUUAAAUCAUCAAAGCAGAAGUUAAUGAAAAGAGGAAAGAAAAUAGAUUUUUUAGAAAAAUUGAAAUAUCUAUGGCACUCGAAGUCUAGGAUCCAGGAAACUUAGAUAUCCUAAAUGGCUAUCUAAAAUAUCCUAGUUGAAUCAUUGAAUUGAAGCCACUUGACCCAACUCUCAGAUGUGACACCAGCCAAGAAAUUUGGGACCUGAGUUUUGUGCAUAAUGACUGACACAUGUGAUGGUGCUAUCCCUAGAAUCAUUUGUAAUACUUGUAGCGAGCACGUCUGUUAGUGGAGCGCUGAAAUUGUCACAUCGAGGACAGAAGAUAUCCAUGUCUGUCGGGUCUGGACCAGAGUAAAGAAGCAUAUUAAAUGAGUAAUAAUAAUCUGAAGGUCUUCUAUAAAGUGACCAAGAAGGAAUUCAAGCAAGCAAUCUGUUAUGCCAAGGAUUUCUCUUACAUUACCGAGAUCAUAUAUAUAUCCUUAGGGAAACAGUAUCAAAGCAUGUGAUAGUGCUUGGGACAAGCAAUCCUCCGAGGUUAAAAUGGCCAUCGCUGAAAGUAACGGAUACUCCGCCUUGAGCUCUGAUGGAAUCCAGAUCUCCACAUGGAAAAAGAUUUCUGAGGGAUGGUACUGGACUUUACUAGAUGUGUAAACACUUGUUUCAAGGAAGAAAUUCCCCCAGGAGGAAGACGAUUUUGGUCUGGAUUCCUAAAAAAAUCCUUUUCUUCAAAUAGGCUGACUAUUAAUGAUUGAAUAAAACUUCUUUCAGUUCUAAAGAAACAGAUAAUUCUCAAAGAAAAAAUGCAUUCUAAAAUAUAUUAGAGAUUUAUGUCGAGAAGAUUUUACUUUAUGUAAGAGUUGGCAUAUUUCAUAGUUAUUUAUUAAAAACAAAAGUUAAAAUAAAAUCCUACAAAUAAUCAAAUAGCUGUGUAAAGAAAACAAAUGAUCAAUUUACAAACAGUGAUCAGUCAUUUAAAGAAGAAAGAAUUUAUUUGUAGUGAUGAUAAGAACUGUCCCACAAGUAGGGAAAUAUGUAAACAAUGACACUUGAUCAAUUGAUUGCAACUGAUUAUAGAUUUUUUUUUUAGUUCUACUGUAUACACAGUACUGAUGUAUAAAAAUGACAUUUACAUAGUAAAUGAAGAAGUACGUGAUAUCUGAAGUCUGUGAUAUAAUAAUAUACUGUGAUAUGUAUAGAAUAUGUAUACAUGUAUAGAAUAUGUAAGGAAAUUAUAUAGAUAGUGCCGAGGAGAAAACUUUAAUGUUUAUAGAUAGAAUGUUUCAGUGUCUGCACGUAAACAAGAAUGAUAUAUAAACACAUAAUUUAUAUUCUGUUGGAUUAUUCUGUAGGUUACGCGGUGAUGAGAUCACUCGAAGAUUUCUCAGUGACAAAAUUAAUUAUGUAACCUUGUUCACCAGUUACUUGUGAAGAAACGGGACAAAGUAUUUCAAAUUAAAACGAAAUCACCUAACUUUUACGAAUACGAUAAGUUGAUAAGAUUUGGUAAUUUUCUCAUGUAUUUGUUUUAUGUGAACAUCUUGUAUUGCGUAAAUGCGAGUAAAAUAAUAAAAAUGGAAUAAAAUAUUUACUCUUCCAAUUACAAGCAAAAAUGGUCGACGAGCGUGCCCAAGCGAUCUCACUCGCGGAAUAUUAUUUCUCCUUGGCCGAUGGUAUUUUCCCUGGCCUAGAGAGUCACCUUGCGAAGAACGUGGUGCUUGACUGGUUCGGAAGGAAGAUCAAAGGGAAAGAAAACGUAACGGCUUUUAUCACGUCCGAUAAAACAAGCAGCUUGCAUGUAUUCACCGACAUUAAAUCAAUUUCGGGUAUCGUUUACAAUAAGAAAAAGUGCAAUCGCAAACGGAAAAUCGCGCCGAAUCAGAUUGCUGAUAAUACAGAGACAAAGCUCGAAAGCGACACAAGUAAGUGGAAGGCUAUUCGAAUGCGGAGACUAUACAAGAACGCAGUAAAACACCUCGAUGAAGCCGAAAUUAUCUAUCAUACGAUGCGAAAGAAAAACAAUGCGGACAAUGAGGCGCAUGAUCGCGAGGUGAAUAAAGAAAACGAUCCGCCAGAUAAUCUUUUCGAGUCCGAAAUCACGUCGCCCGGCAACCAAGAGAACAUUAAUGAGUCAAAAUUGGAAGAGGAAAUGGCAUCAACCGUCAAACCUAUCAAGAGAGAGUGCGGUCAAGGAGACCGGACUGUUCGUGCGCAAGCAGGCACGAUUAAGUACAUGGCGGCGAACGGACAAGUUAAAUUUACAAGAAGAAUCGUGCAAGAAGAUCCGUGGUCGUACCAUUGGACAUCGUUGAAAAGUAACUACUGGGUACAAAAGUGUAAACUACAAAUUGCAUAUUCGCGUUCUAAACAUCCGAAAGUUCAUACAUCUCAUACGCUCGGACAUGUUCCUUUGACCGAGCAACAUCAAAGAUCCAAUACCAGCAUGGAGAGACAAAGCAAACAGCCAACCUUAGAAGAGAUCAUCGGGAUUAGUAACGAAUUAAUACCGGACGUGGACAAUUUCGGCGGUUACCUGAAGUCCUUGAACUACGCGAAGGACCGUGACGAUUUUCUGAAAGAUUUCGAGGCCACAAUGGCGCGGAAAAAUCCAGAGGCGUGUUUGCCUACCGUACAUUAUGUCGGGAAUAAAUUGAUCCUCGAAUACAAAGAUAAUGCAUACAGAGAAAACUUGAUGAAAAAGCUGUCGUACAACGGUAAUUAUGAAAUUCACAAAAUCGUAUACGAAAAGAUAGGAACGGAUGAAGAUUGUGCCGAGUCAGUUGCGUCGACCGAAUAGAUGCGUGUUUCUAGUUUGAUUAUUCGCGAUUAUUGCCUGAUAAAUUGAUGUGUGACUUCCGAUAAAUUUGUAUUAGUUUUAUGAGAGAAAAUAAUAAUCUUUCACGUAAGAAUAUCACCGGCAUACUUCAAAGCUGUUAUACCAAAACCAAAAAUCAGCAUAUUAAAAACUAAACUAAAAGUUUUCGUUUUAAACGGAAGUUUUGUAAUUUUGAAAGCGCACGCAAACAAGAACUUAAAGUACGUUUUAAAUAUUAUUUACGUGUUUUUGUAUCCAAUAAUAUUUAUAUUCAGAAGAAAAAUAUCAACUAAAAAGAACCAAAAGAACCAAAAGAAAAAUAAAAAAAAUAAAGAAAAUCUAAAAAUAGAAACUAAAAUAUUCUACUAUAAUUUAUACGUUAUCAUAUACAUACCUUUUCUUUUUAUUAUCACUAUUGAAUCUAUAUACUUUUGACGUCAUCGAACAUUACCGCAGCAAACAACCAGGAGCUUUAAUAGAAAUAAAUAAACAAGAUGUUUAAAAACGUCGCGGAAUAUCACAUCUUUAUAAUUACAUUAUCGAUUGUUGGCCGUUGGUACUCAAUACAUUGCGAAUUUUUAAAUAAUAUAGCGAAAUAUUACGUAUUUCAAAUUUUCACAAUCUUCUAAUUUAAGUCUAUCUCUUUCUCUGUCCGACAAUAAAUUGGCAAUUGUUUCAUAAAACUCAUGAUAUCUUUUAGUAACAAUCGUAUAGUGCCAUUUAAUAAAUAAUUUUAUGCUGCAAAAUUAUUACAUAUAACAUCAAUGAUAAGUCUUAAGUUAAGCAAGAAGUUAAAAGUGAGAUCGCAAAUUCUGAUGUAUCUUAUCAUUUAGUUUGUAUCAUGAAGCAUUUAAUGUGUUAAUAAAAAUUGUAUAUA